AUGCCUGCAUUACUUAGCUCCUGGAGUCGACUGACUGACAAAACUGCAGGACAGGCGAUACAGAAAUUCACCUUUUCACGAGUGUUUGGACCUGAAGCAACUCAAGAAGAAUUCUUUGAAGGUACAGUGAAGCAGCCAGUGCUAGACUUCCUAGAAGGAUGUAAUCGCCUUGUUUUUACGUAUGGCAUUACAAAUGCUGGGAAAACCUACACAUUCCAAGGGACAGAAGAUGAUGUUGGUAUUUUGCCAAGGACGAUGGAUAUGUUGUUUAAAACUAUUGGAGGAAGGCUAUACACAAAAAUGGAUCUGAAACCUAUUCGGUGGCGAGAUUACCUAAAACUGACUAAAGACCAAGUGAGAGAAGAAACUGCUCUUAAAAAUUCCUUGCUUCGUCUGACAAAAGAGGCACUGCUGAGUCUUGUGGAAGACUUGAAGAACCAACUUAUUGCUGAGAAGAAGGACAAGUUACUGCUGGAACUGAAAAUUCGUGAUGAAGUGGCCCAAGAAUUUACCCGAUAUUUUGCUCAGCAGGAAACAGAGUUCAAAGAAUGCCUUUCCCAGGAACGAGAACGGCUUGAAGAAAAUUCUGAAAAGCGCCUUGAAAUUUUCAAGGAACUUGUAAGUGGUUAUGCUGACAACCCAGGCGAAGAGAAACUAAAGAAUCUGCCUCGCAGCGAACAAGCUGAACCCCUGGGUGGAGAACAUAGCGCAGUGCGUGACACCUGUGCUGAUCUUGAGGGCAUUCUUGAUUCUCUGCAGCGUGAUGUUAUGGAUAUUAAAAAGCAAGCUGUGGCAGCACAUAGUUACAUUGCAUCCCUGGAGGAUGCACAGGAAGCUAUUGGUCGGCUUGAGGAGCAGCUGGAAAAAACUGGCUUUGAACUCAUGAAGACCAAGGAAGAGCUGACAGAGAAAAACACCAAACUACUGAAAACUGAGGAAGAGCUGAGACAGAAGAACAAAGGUGAGUUGUGUGAUGCCAUGGGUAGAAGAAAGAAAUAGUUCACUAAUCCGAAGUAGAAAUAACCAAUUUGAGCUGGAAGUAGAGGAG